GCACAGGGUGAAAUGGUUUUGACUGCACCAGAAGAAGAAGAAAAAGAAGGAGAAGAAGAAGAGAGAGGAGGGGAAGGUUUCGUCAUUGUUUUGCUGGUUUUGCUGCAGAACAGCACGAAUUGAUCUGACAGAGCUCUGAUAGUGUGUUUAACAAGAUUAUAGUCAACAUGACAACCAAGCACCGACUGAUAACUGAUUCAUUCAAGGUGGUGAAGAAAGCAAAGAGGGCGGGGCGGCGAGAGAAGAGACCUACUUCUCCUCCGCCACAGAAAGAGGCUGAGACUGAGACGGUCAGAGAGGAGGAGCUGCAGAAGCUCAGACAGUUUGAUCUGGACUGGAGAUUUGGGCCCUGCACAGGUAUUACCAGGCUGCAGAGAUGGGAGAGAGCAAAGCUUCAUGGUCUGAACCCACCUGAGGAGAUCAGAUACCUGCUGCUGCAAACACACACUGGCCCCAACUAUAAGCUCAGCCUGUGGAGCGAAUAUCCUUUGUGAGGAAGUGAUCGUAAAGAGGGGAAAAGAACACCCCCCCAUCAAAAGUCAACUCAACUUUCAUUAUAUGUCGACAUUUUCAAUGAUGUAACAAUUCAAAUCCUUUGACCAUUUGAAACUCCAGAAAAAAAAAAAAUUAUAUAUAUAUAUAUAUAUAUAUAUAUAUAAAGGAGGGAGAAACCAAAGCAACAGAGAGGGGAUACCUCUCUCAGCAUGGAGACUGAAGAAUGACACAACAGAAACAUUUUUCUUUUCUCACAGUUGAACUUUGUUGUCUUCUACACACUAAGUUUUAUUAAUGUUUUUAAUAAAAAAAAAAAAAACA